AUGAUUGACGCGGCCUCCAAAGCCCAAAGCAGACCCAAGCGGAGCCUCGCCAUUGGCUCGGCCGAGACCUUGUGGCUUAGCGUGCGUGUGGCGCUUUGCUGUGGGCAGCUGUUGGGCCAGCGGACGUUCAUCUCGGGCUACACGGACAACAAGGUCUUCGACGCCAUGCUGAAAAUCAGCGACAGCAGCCGGAUCACCAUCAACGCCGCCGCCCACAACGACAAGGACUUGCUCUUCUAUGAGGAGAUGAUGAUGAACGGGACCUGUUUCGGCACCAAGAUGAACAUCUCCAUCGACGGCAAUGUGGCGUCCGCCAAAAUGCAAAACAUCUCGUCCGUCUUCCACUGGCUGCCCACGUGCGACGGCUGCCAGUUGUUUAGCAUCAACAGCACGGCUCGUGACCUGAAGACCUUCCUAGAGCUUUUCGGCAUCCACCUCGGCGAAGCCGUCAACGACCAGAUCAACGCCCGCUGCCUCUACCUGUUAGCUCCAGGGAACACGGUCAAGGACUCCGACCUGGAACACUUCAAGAAGCAGGCCCACUGCUUGGGCUUCUCCGGGGAACCCAACUUCAUGAUCGACCCCAAAAAAGACUUCUGUGACGGCCACAAAGUGGUCAUGCUCAACUGACGUGCUGAUUAAAGAAAUCAAAGAGCAA